CGGCUGUAGCUUGACUGGAGGAUCUCUCUGCCUGGUGAGCCAUUUACAUCCUAACGCUCAUGUGGUCACAUCCAGCAUCGCUCGCCCUGAUCACUGACUCCAGGAGCUUCAGACAGAACGGACAGAUAGCGAGAAAGACGGGCUCUAUGCAUGUGUGCUGGAGAGGGAUCAGAGAGUUUGUAAAUAGGAAGUAAAAAAGCAGAGCAGAGGAAGACGCAGGUGGGAAGAUAAGGAGGGAGAAAGUAAUCCAGAAGAAACUGUGGUGAAAAAGGUUGAUUACACUUUAUAAAAUCUACCAACAUGGCAGCCAUGGACGCACUGGAGUUUGGAAGUGCCCAGCUGGAGCCUCAAACGCUCACUGAGAUCUCUGAUGAUGAGGUUAACCUUCCACCUUCAGAUGAUGAAGACAACGCCCUCGCCGCAGCCAAGAAAGAGCUGUCCACAAUGGGCACAGAAGGGGACGCCGCCGAGGACAAAGAUGACGGCGUUAAAGCCGAUCCACAGGUUAACGGGGUCAUGGUGCUCUCGCUGCUCGACAAGAUCAUCGGGGCGGUGGACCAGAUCCAGCAGACCCAGAGCGGGCUGGAGGCCAGGCAGCAGGAGAUGGAGCGUACGGUGACCAGCAUCCAAGGCGAGCUCACGAAACUCACCAAGAGCCACAGCACCACGUCCAACAGCGUCAACAAGAUGAUGGAAAAGGUGCGCAAGGUGAGCGUCAACGUGAAGACAGUGCGCGCCACGCUGGAGAAGCAAGGAGGCCAGAUCAAGAAGCUGGAGAACAACGAGGCGGAGCUGCUCAAGAGACGCAACUUCAAAGUCAUGAUUUAUCAGGAUGAAGUGAAAGUUCCCUCGAAACUCAGCAUUUCAAAAUCCAUGAAGGUUUCCGAGUCUGUGUCGGGAAGCAGAGGAGGCAGUCUGCUCGAGCUCAAAGAAGCUGCGGAAGAGCCCGGAGAAGAGGGAGAAGAAGGAGAGAAGGCAGACAAGCCUCACGUGGACCUCUCAUCGGACGAAGAGGGUUUGGAGAUCGAGGAGGCCAUCGAGGAGACUCGCGCCGAACGCAUCAAGCGCAGCAGCCUGCAGCGUGUACAAACCCUGAAAACUGUUUUCUCAAAGGAGAAGAUGGAUAAGACCAGAGCAAAGACCAAAGAGAACCUGGAGAAGACCAGACAAAAAACCAAGGAGAACCUUGAGAAGACCAAGCAGAAGACAAAGGAGAACCUGGAAAAGACAAGGCAAAGAACCAAGGAGAAUUUAGAAAAGACCAAGCAGAAGACCAAGGAAAACCUGGAGAAGACCCGCCACAACAUUGAGAAGAAGAUGGGAAAACUCGGGACACGCAUGAGCGUCAACCCUGAGCGCAAGCAGAAGAUGAAGACGUCCAGCGACAAGAUGAAGAAAGCCUUCACACCAGACCACGUGGUUUAUGCCCGGUCCAAGACCGCCGUGUACAAAGUGCCCCCCUUCACCUUCCACGUCAAAAAGAUUCGCGAGGGUGCUGUUGAAGUGGUGCAAGGCACCGAGAUGGUCGAGGUGUCACAGGAUCCCGAGCCCUUCAGUGAAGUGGAGGCUGAGGAAGGAGGCGUGGAGGUGGAGAUGGAAAUGAUGAAUGGAGGUGGUGAUGAGGAAGAGGCUGAUGAGGACGAAGAGGAGGACAGCCACGAUGCUUUGCAGGAGCACGAAGACAGAGACAGAGAUAGCGAUUAAAGAUAUAAAGCAGAUGCUAACAAAAUCAUUGUUAGCAUUAAGAUCAAGAUACCACAGAAAAUUAUGAGGCUAAUUACAACCUGGGUAUCAUUAUUAUUAUUAUUAUUUUGAUUUCGGCCAUUAUUCCAGCCAGUUAAGACAACAUCGUGUUCACAAAAAUGCUUUCUGGGAACAUGUAAUUCCCAGAUUAUCCAACAGGUGGUGCCCAAGACAAGAAUUCAGCCUAAAGAAAGUGAGCAUUCAAACAGAUGUAAUCAUGCUCUGCACAAAACAGAACCAUUGUAAACACAACUAAACUAAGUCAGAGCUUUUGCAGGAGGCCGGUGAUGUUUUUAACUGACCUUUGUUUGCAUCUCACCUGCAUGUCUGCCUGCUUCAAAGCUCACUGGCCCUGAUUGCUCUGCACUCACAGUCAGAGUCAGUCUUUGUGUUUUUAAAAGUAGCACCUGAGAACAGAGAGGAAAGCCUGGAGCUAUAACCAUGAAGAGUGCUAACACAUUUGGCUUUUCCGCUCUAUAAGGUGAUCUACAGAGGCCCCUCCCCCAAAAGGUCCUUUUUAUGGACCACAUGCUAAAAGCUGCAAGUUAUAUUUUUUCCUUUAUUUGAUUACAUAUUAUGGCUUAAGAAUCACUAUCCAAAGGAAUAUGUGACAUUCCUCUCAGAUUUCCAAAGGUGGAGACGAUCAUGAGCAAAGACGAGGAUAAAGGGGAGAAGAUGAAAGUUUGUUGUGAGCAGGGCUGAAUUAUUCUUAGAAAGUGUCCCUUUUUCUCAGUCUGACUCACAGCUAGAGAAAAGUUUGUUUAAAGGAUGUCGGGCUGCAGAUUCCCGACUGAUAAAUGAUAAAUUCACAGAGUAAAUAUUCACGCUUAUCCAGAAAUAUCAAGUAUCACACAUGCUAUGCUAGUCCUUCCACCGUCUCUACUAAUGUUAUAGUGUUCUGCUUAAUUUACUCUUUACUUAGAAGCACAAUGAUGCCAAGUUAUUGUUGAGUAUUUGUGUAUUUGUAUGUGAUCACGUUUUAUAUCAGGCUAAUGUUCUUACUGCUGACAGACUGUAGUAGACUCGCUGUGUCUUUGUUGUUUUUGCAGAACAUUGUGCGGCCAUUUCUCCCAAACAACAGCCGUUAUGAAAAUGAAGGUAGUUAGGUCCAUUACAUUUCUUUGAGUGAUCGUCUCCUGUGUUGAAAAAAGUCUUCUGUCAUUUUUUAUUGUCUGAUAUGAGUUGGGUAAAGAAGCUGCCACAAGGACCAACGCAUCCUCAGCUUUUACAAUCACUGCGUGCUCUCUGGAGCUUUUAUGUGACUGCUGCAGGCUGACACUGCCCCCUAGUGUCCGGUCAUUUCAUCAUAUUUUCCUCUACAUGUGCGUUCACCAAUAAAACAGCUCUUUUUAAAAGUCAAGAUGUUGAUUUGCGUUUGAAUGUUCUGCUCUGACUGCAUCUCUGUAGCUCAUUCAUCAUAUAUUUCUACAGGUGUUCUGUGGUAAGGGCAGGGGGCGUGGCCAGAAGCCAGAAGGCUACAAAUACAUGACAAAUGAUUCUAAGAGAGCUUCAUGUAACUGUUCCCACAGGUUUCUGCUUAGUUCCUAGAGUCGUCACCAUUUCCUGUUCAUCUUUGUAUAUAAUGUGAAUCACAGCCAGUGCGCUGCUGCCUGCGCUUCUUCAUUACAUGUCAAACUAUUGUGAUGUUUGCACAGCUUGCAACAAAUGACAUUUAUAUGUAAGGACGGCUGAAAUAUUUUAGCAUUGUCGAUGUACAGCUGAGACCUUUGGUGAUUUGAUGCUCAAACCAGUAAAAGGGGAAACAAUGCCAUGUCUGUGAGAGCAGUAACAACAUGCAGCUGCACUGACGCCUGUGCCAAUGGAACAAAUGUUCUUCACACUUAACCGUUUCCUUGCUUUUGUUUCCUUUGUAAUGUUACUUUGCUUAACCACUAAUGAUUUCAUUAAAAAGCUAUUUGGUUCACA